GGGGGCGGGUUCGCGCGUGCGCAUCAGUGUUGUAUCUGUCAAGCUGCUAUACAGAGGGGGAUAUUUUAUUUAAUAGUGUGCAAGGAACAGUAUAAAUGGAUAGUGAGGAGGCUCCAGCCCAGCGGCCAGUCACCUUGGACAUCACAGUGGAGGAUGUCACCCGAGAGGCUCCAGCUCAAGACUUUACAGAGCCAACCAUGCAGGCACCUGCCAAAGAUUACGUCCUGCCACAGGUAGAAAGUGUUGACCUGGGUGGAGAGUUUGCAACACCCCAUGAGGACAGCAGUGCUUCACCCUCAGAAAGCCCAAUGGACAAGCUCACUGACCAAAUGAUGGAGAGUGUCAUGAUCUCAGAUUCACCUAAUAACAGUGAGGAGGAAGAUGUCGCUCCCAUGGAUUCAUUUCUGGAUGGUGGCCUAAAUGAAGAAAAUGAUGGAAAUACACGCUGUGAUGCUGACGAACAAGUCCACUGCUUACAGAUUAAUACAGAUAUUGAAGUUUUAACUGUGCAGCAGAAUGAAGAGUUUGAGCUUAAAGUGAAGGAGGAGAAAAGCAUCCAAGAGCCACCCACAUCGUGUAUUUUAUCUCAACCUGACAGCCAGAGUCCAUCAAGUUCUCAAUCAGAGGAACCAGCUUUACAAAAAGGGGCAAGUCUCAAAGAGGAACCCGUGCCAGUGUGUACCAUAUUCAGCCAAGGCAAGCAGCCAAAUUCAUUGAUACCUGAUGGCUUCCAGCCCACCCUUAUCAAGUCCCCCAGCUUCAGUAUGGGGAGCGGUGGGGGCAAUGAUGAGGCUGUGACCCCCAGCAAGUUGACCACUCCGCUUGUAUGCCAACCCAGCCCCAGCCUCAGCAAGUUCUUUACUGACAAUGGACAGACUAAUCCAGCCUCUGACUUUUUUGAUUCCUUCAUGGCCCCCUCCUCCUUCAUUUCGGUAUCUAACCCCAAUGCAGAGAUUCCUACAGGCCCGCCUAAAUCACCCAUAGCCACUACCCCUGAGCACCAGGUCUCUUCCACCUGCACCCCAAGUCUCCCCACUGCUAAUUCAGUACAAGGGUCUGUCCCUACUGAGUUCAUAGUCAAGUCUCAACUUCCUUCAACCCAAACAGCCCCAGCUCCAAGCCAACCCCUGCCCCCAGCUCCGGCCACUCAGCCGCAGCCCUUCAACCAACUCCAGGCUGUGUUCUCAGGAAGUGACGAUGCAUUCGCAACAGCGCUGAGCCUGAGUGAGGUGGACAGACGUCAUGAUGCAUGGCUGCCAUCUGAUGAGACCAGGAAGGCACUAAUUGCUGCGGCCACCCAGCAGUAUAGCCCAGCAUAUGUAGAGAGCAGCAGACUCACCAUGCCUGGUCUGAAGUUUGACAACCUCCAGGGCGAUGCUGUGAAAGAGUUAAUGCUUCGGUUUUUGGGGGAGCAGGCGGCCAUGAAGCGUCAAGUUCUCACAGCCGCUUCUGUGGAACAGUCCUUUGUUGGUCUACAACAGCUUAUUAGCAGCAAGAACUGGCGAGCGGCAGUGGAUCUGACAGGCCGUCUUCUGACUGCUCAUGGGCAGGGAUAUGGAAAAGCUGGACAGCCCUCUUCCCAUACCACAAACUCACUGCAGCUUUGGUUUGCACGUUUGGCCCUUCUCACCAAGCUGAACCUCUUCCAAAACGCUGAACUGGAAUUUGAGCCUUUUGGCAAUUUGGAUCAACCUGACCUCUUCUAUGAAUACUACCCCACUCUUUACCCUGGAAGAAGAGGCUCCAUGGUGCCGUUCUCCAUGCGGUUACUGCAUGCUGAGCUUCCCCAGCACCUGGCAAAGCCUCAGGAGGCUCUGGACCGCCUGCACAACCUCAAAACUGUCUGCCUCACAAUCUUGGAGAACUUGGGGAAAUGCUUGGCAGAAGAUGGCAGCAUGCUCACCCUAACAGAGGAGAAUAGACAAGAAUCUCUAAAGCUGUGGAAAUCUCGUCUCAGCCGUGUCCUCUACUCCAUGGCCAACUGUCUGCUCAUGAUGAAGGAUUAUGUUCUAGCUGUGGAGGUCUACCAAUCCAUUAUCCAGUAUGAACCCCAGCAGAGAGUGCAGCUGCUCAGCGGCAUAGGACGCAUCUUCUUGCAGAUUGGAGAUAUUAAGACAGCUGAGAUGUACUUCGAGGAUGUGGAGCAAGCCUGUCAGACCACAGACAUCAAGCCCAGCCUCACAACAUGUGUUCUGAUGAACAGGGCAUUUGUCUAUCUCAGUCAGAACAACUAUGCUGAAGCUCAUGCAUCCUUUAUUGAAGUUCUAAAGAUGGACCCGAAAAACCCUGUGGCCAACAACAAUGCAGCUGUGUGCCUGCUCUACCUGGGCCGGCUCAAGGAGUCCCUUGGCAAGCUGGAAGGCCUGGUUCAGCAGGACCCGGCACUCUACCUCCAUGAGAGCGUGCUCUUCAACCUGACCACUAUGUAUGAGCUGGAAUCAUCACGCAGCACCCAGAAAAAGCAGGCACUUUUGGAGGCUGUGGCGUGCCGGGAAGGGGACAGCUUCAACACUCAGUGCCUGAAACUGGCCUGACGAGUAUGAUAAGGUGAAACAUAUCACAUCUUCUAGCAGUACCAACCAACACCCAAAACGUUCUGGCUCCUUUGAGAAGAAAGUGAAUGUUCAUUGCAAAGGCAUAUGGUUUACUCUUAACGGAACACGUCUUCUUUAACAAACGCUGGCUUAACGCUGUCUAUAGACAUUGGAAUUAUUAACUUUUUGUCAAAUACACAAAUGUAGACUUUUGUUAACUUUGUCCACAAAACACAAGAGGGUCUGGUGACACAUGCUGGGGUCACCCAAGCCAGGGCUACUUCUAUGUUGACAGUUAUUUACAAUACUGUACUUCUUAAACAUCCCACUUGUUUUCAAUGAAACUGGACCGGACACCAAAAUAAGGAAAAUAGGUCACGUUUUGUUUGAUCAUUUCACAUUUUAAUUGUUGAUCAUUUUAAACUGUUGCAGCUUUAACUAUCUCAUAAUAUGCUCCUAGCACACAACAAGCAAGCAAGACUGCAGUAACGCAUCCACGGUGGGUUUUUCCGGUUAAUUUAUUAUUAUUAUAAUACUUUAGAUGUGUUUCAAGGCAUACAGAAGAACUGCUAUUUCCCAUCCUGGUCUGAUUGCUAAGAUAAUUGCCUGUGUUUGGUAAAUAUUCAUUUACAGUCAUAUUAUUCUGUCAAAUCUCAUAUACAUGUCGUACCACACCACUAGUGGUAGUGGUUUUAAAGAGGUACACAAUGUGGGACUUGACAUGGGCAUUAUGCUAAGACGCAUUCUUCAAGACUAAUACACAUACACAGGACCAUACAAAGCUUCUCCACAUAAGCAGACACCUGUAAUACUGGAUUAACUCUAAUGCCACUUUAAUUCAGCUUUCUCUUGCUGGGGUUUAAGUCAAGCCAUAUUCAUAAACCACUACAUGUUUUUCCUUUAAGCAACAAGCUGUCCAAAAAACUUUUUGUUGUUGCAUUUGUAUUUUUUUUUAAAUCACAUGAAUAUAUUACUGUCUAGUUCAAAGGAGUCGCUGUGUUUAAGAUCUUAAAAUUCACUGUUUGCAUAUUGUUUUGCUCAUCAUACAUUCAUGUAUAUUAAGAGAUUUGUCUUAAAUUUAAUUAAAUAAAUAUUUGAAAACAUAAUUUGAUAGGAACAGCAUUCAAUAUGAUGUUUGUUAUUUCAGUUACACAUUUGCAAACUCGCAAACUAGAGAGCUAGCGAACUAAACGGUAGCCUUCAAGUUAUUUCCUUUAAACUUAAAUAGCCAAAAACUUACCACUUCCACACGGAUAGGGAGGAUAACUAUUAAGAGUUAUUUAACCUUUAACAUGAACAUUAAUCAAACGUAAUAAUUUUUUCUGGGUACAUGAUACCAUACAGCAUCCAUAUCAAACUUGCGCGGGCCGCACUAACAUUAAACUUUCAUAUCAAGGCGGGGGCCUCAAACUAGUGUCCUGCGGGCCACAUUUGGCCCGCGGGCCGUGUGUUUGAGACCCCUGCCCUAGAUGGACCACAUCAAUAUGAGCCAAACACAAAACAGUUAGUUUGGCCCGCAGCGUAUCAGAAAGGAAGACGCAGGAGAAAAUGAUUAAUCUAAUACAAACAUAUAGCUGCUAAUUGGAUAAUCGAUUAAUUGUUGCAGUUCUACUUCAGUGAAAUGUUAUCCAUAGAAAUUAUAUAAGAUCUUGCUAGAUUCAAAUGUAUAUCAGCAUCUAUACAUUGUCAUGUGCACGUAUCUGUUUUCCUUGUGUCCCACCGUCAAACAGGCAGGAAGUGACUUUAUUCUGUACAUUGGUUUCAGUACCUUGACAUGUUUGUUCCACAGAACGGCAUGAAUGGAGUAAGCCCUUUUGUCAGUCAUACAGUCUCUUUGUCUCACUGGGUGGAGGCAGGGCGAUAGCAUACACGGAGUACAGAUGAGUGAACGAUUCAAUUGGGAGAUCUACUUUUUAAUAAUAAUUUUCUUAAAACAGGUUAAAAACUUGUCGCAUUCUUGUAGACACAAUUUUGUGUAUUGUCUUGUGACACCCCUAUUAUGUAGUAUAUAAAAGUAUCAGUAGAAAGGCUACUUGUUACAUUCAUUUCUUUAUUAACAAGCUGAUGAAAGACAGAAAAUAGAGAACUUGCAAUGUUGUAUGUAGCUACAAUAUUAUAACAACUUUUUGUUACUUGACAGCAAAAGUUAUUUUUUAUAUUUUGAAUCUGAAUCUAGUGCAACUGGUGGUCAUGGCAUCUUCCUCUUACGGUUCUUCCUGCAGAGAAGCCACAUACUUCUUUCGAAUCUCGAGGUCAUCCGCUGGCCGGUUGUAGGAUUUCCAUAUCGGCUUCCCCACAAAGAGCCUCAUGGCCUUAGUGUAAUUCUGUGGAGACAAGAAGCUGCAAGUUCAUCUAGCUCCAUCCUUUGUCUAUAAACCUGCUAUUUGGUACCCCAACUGAAGAAUGGAGGUGGCAUAGUAGAGUUGGGACAGUGAAUACAAAAACAGUAUCCCUAAAUGAAAAGGUACCCACAGUGCCGUAGAAACAAAAACAAGUCACCAUGGUUAUUAGCCCCACAGUAAAUAAUGUGUUCUUAUUGCACCAAAUAACCUUACUUAUUUACAGGUCUUAUGUUUUCUCCUAUACAUAUUGUAUUCAUCAUUGAUUUGUUUUCAAUUGUAUUUUUUUCCCUGCAGAAACAUGCAAUGAAUGCAUGUCCCCAAGCUGUAUAAACAAUUCACUUUCCACAAUCAAUCAAAAAUGCAAAAACCGUACACAUUCAAAACCAAAAGUUCGAUUUCACUAAAUGCACUGAUCGAUUAAAACUCAAAAUAAAUGUUUUAUUUUUCCUCUUCAGGGGAAAAGGCGGCGACUUUACCUUUUUAAUAUGAUCUCUAUGCAAACAUGUUCAGGUAAACAUUACCAACUUAACACAGUAGUGUUGAAUACGUGUGGGGGAAGAAUCGUGAGUUUUGUAGUUUUAUUUUGGUAAUGGUUUAAUUUAAUUUGAACAUGCAUCAGAUUACAAUUGAGUGCAUCCCAUAAUCAGUUCACAGUUCCACAUGUCCAAAAGGAGUAGGAAGAAGCUAAGCUUAUUAAAUCCUACCCCUCAAUCUGAUACUUUUACAAUCAGUAACUGUUACUUUUGUUCACUUCCUGCUUUCCUAAUAUAGUUUAAGGUUUUUUUGUCACGUACCAAAGUACAAGGUUAUUUGACACUGACAUCAGCAAAAAAAAAAAACACAGAAAAGCAAGCACAGAGAUCAUUUGUGUUAUUAUGAGGUUUGCCCAAGUUGCAAGGCUUUGAGGCUGUCACUUGGGAUCUUAAAGUUUCACUUUUGCCACUGAUUUUCUACGACUGCCUAGGCCAUACCAACACAUGCCCUGGCAAUAAGUUUAGGGUCCAUGUCAUGCUGGAAGACCCAUGCACCAACCAUCUUCAGUGUUCAGAAGGUUCUGCUUUGUGGUGAGAGGGUAAACUAGCAAAAUCAGGAGAUCAAAUUCUUACUGUCUCGUCCAGAGUAAAGCGGUGGUAUAUGCCGGCUGGCAGGGUAAUCAGGUCACCCUUGCGCAUGGCGAUUCUUAUCCAGCGGUCCUCUUUGUCCCUGACGUCGAAAUACGCCUGGCCAUCAAGGAUGUAGCGGAUCUCAUCAUCCAAAUGGAUGUGUUCCUGAUAGAACACUUUUAACUGAUAAGAUGGAUACGAGACAGGAAGGUUUUCUUUAGUUAAUCGCUUUUCAAAAAUAAGUAGAUGAAUUCAUGACUUUUUGAUUUAUACACAUAUGUAGGUCUACCAUCUCUUCAUAAUUUGGCAGUGUGUUCUUCUCAACGGUGAUGAUGUCCAUAUAAGAGUAGCCUUGCUCCUUCCUGAUCAGCUGCAGCUCUGGGUCAUCAUCAUAGAUGUCUGCAUUCAGCUGAAACGGCAAAACAAUGUCUACUAAAUAAUAGCAACACACCACAAGUACCAAUGCCACGCAGUUAGACUGCAGCGAAGUACUUACUAUGGACCCGAAAUGUAGUUCGCUAACAUGUGAUUUACCUUCCAGUGAAUAACACCGAGAUUUUUCAACGUCUCCAAUGAAACGGGUUGAUUCGGUUUGAGUUUGUGGGGUUGUCUCUGGUCUUCAUCGGAGGUGUCCAUGUACCAGGCUUCUAUCCCCAUGCUCAACAGUAUCCACCACAACAAGCAAAGCAAAAAGUUGAGCUCCUUCUACCACAAUGGCGACCGGUGUUGCGUUCAAGUACACUCGGUUGUAAUUUAAAUUCUAACAUGACGUUCAUACAUUACAUUAACAAAGUCGACUGCGGGUAGAAUUACCACAGUUAAACAGGCUAUUAGUCGCAUAACUUUAGUUUUGACUCAUUUCAACACAAAUUGUGUUUUUCAUUUAAAACCACGUAAAUUAGCACUGUGGUUUCCAGGCAGGUUAUGGACGGUGAGCGUUAUUAUUUUUCGAAACAUGCACGAGAGUUUUAAGUAUAAUCGUUAUUGGUUGAUGACAACGUUUAAAAAUAAAUACAUGACGAGUUAGACAAAAUUAACUCCGACGAGGAUGGGAUUCGAACCCACGCGUGCAGAGCACAAUGGAUUAGCAGUCCAUCGCCUUAACCACUCGGCCACCUCGUCGCAUAUCGUCAAUGGGCGACCUAAUUUGUUUAAAUACAUGCGAUGAUGUUAUGAGUAACUGAACUGGUUUUGAAGUAGAAUAUUGCAUUGUACGUUGUGUUCUGGUGGGACCCAUGUGAUUAAACAAUUUAUUUUCAAAUAAGUAAACAAUGUAGUAAGUUUCGACUAUUAUAUAUCUGUCCACGCGAGGGCGCCAAGACCCAACAUAUGCUUAAUUGGUUGGCUAAAAUGACAAUGAUUUGACCUCUUCGUGCUCCUUCAUUGCAUAAGAAAAACUAAAUACACCCUUGAUGUGUAUUCGACAAUUAUCAAGUCUCUCAUUUUAUUCAAUCACAACUGACUAGAAACGUUCAAAACAAGGGAAUACAUUUCAUGUUGUGUUUCCUUUUAUAGAGUUUGCAUAUACCACAUUAAUAUCUUGUAAAGUAUGAUUUGAAGGUAGCCACAACAAAAUACUUACAUCUUUAAUAAGUUCGGACUGCAUUUAUCUGAGAUUUCUGAAUAGCCACAGAGAGGAAAAGUACUUCUAAUUGAUUGGCCUAUUACAUGUCAAUCAAAGGUUGUGUGGUCUAAGCUCUGCCUUCAGGGACAUAUCAGCCAAUCAGGUUUAUGUAUCACCGCCUCCAUAUUGAUAGAAUGUAUUAGGUAUUUCCGGGAUUGUGUGCCUCAGACGCUGAGCUGAUUAGAAUGUCUUUUAUUUCACAUAUUUUUGGAACCGUAUCCUUAAUCAAUAUGCAUAUAUCUGGACUGCCUCGGUGUGAUAAUAGAAAACUGGCAAAAAUUACUUUAUUGAAGUAAUUUCUGAUUUUAAUUGAUCGUAUUGAUAGGUAUUUAAUGAUUAGAAAUAUGCAGAUGAUUAAUAACGUUAAUCAUCCUCCAUCCAUUUUCUAUUAGGGUCAUGGGUGUAGGCUGGAACCUAUCCCAGCAGACUUUGGGUUGAGAGGCUGGGUCGCCAGCCAAUCGCAGGGCACAUAAAGACAAUCAUUCACUCUCACAUUCAUACCUAAUAUCAAUAUUUUUAGUACACAUCACAAGGAAUAACACAGUCCAAGGGGAUCAAACAUUUAUUUACCCUUAUUAAAAGUUACAAUAAAACCAUGAACAUCUUCAAACGAUAGCAAAAUAAAAAGAACCAAAAACAUUGGCCAAAACAUAUUUACAGAGAAAGUUUGCAGAUAAAAAGCUCACAUUUUGUACACAAUCCCAACCCCCCUGCAUCAUAAAUUCUGAAAUGUGAACGCUGCAAUACUCAAGCUUGAAUUGGGGUUUUUGCCUGGAAAGAACCAAAAUUCACAAAAAAAGACAUGGAUCUUCUCCCACCUCCCCUCAUCGUUUUUUUUCCUAUACAUGACAAAAUAC